AUGCGCAUCAUAAAGCCCUCGUGGCUAAGUCACAGUGGCGAGCAGAAGGACUUUGAGGUGUAUAGCUGCCACGUUUCCCCCGAUGGCAAGCGUCUCGCGACCGCCGGUGGUGAUGGCCACGUUCGAGUCUGGUCUACCGACGCCAUCUACAAUGCCAAGGACGCCAGCUACACGAAGCCGCGCCAGCUCUGUCACAUGAGCCAUCAUCUAGGAACAAUUCAUUCUGUGCGCUUUUCACCCAAUGGACGAUACUUGGCCAGCGGUGCCGACGAUAAACUCAUUUGCGUAUACCAUCUCGACAAGGGAACGCCUGCGAUAGCUUUUGGGAACAACGACCCGCCGCCCGCAGAAAACUGGAAGACAUACAAACGACUCAUUGGUCACGAAAACGAUGUUCAGGACUUGGCAUGGUCCCCGGAUUCGUCCUUGCUGGUGUCUGUCGGACUCGACUCCAAGGUCGUUGUCUGGUCUGGCUAUACCUUCGAGAAGCUCAAGGCUAUCCCGGCGCAUCAGAGUCAUGUCAAAGGCAUCACAUUUGAUCCCGCAAACAAAUUCUUUGCUACUGCAAGCGAUGAUCGAACCAUCAAGAUUUUCCGUUAUACCCCCCCCGCCCCGAAUUCUACUCAACAUGACAUGAUCAACAACUUUGUUCUCGAGACGACCAUCAGUGCACCCUUCAAGAGCUCGCCCCUAACUACUUACUUUCGCCGCUGCUCCUGGUCCCCCGACGGUAAUCACAUCGCCGCCGCCAAUGCCGUCAACGGCCCCGUCAGUUCAGUCGCCAUCAUCGAGCGCACUAGGUGGGACAGCGAAAUCAACCUGAUCGGCCACGAAGCACCGAGCGAAGUCUGCAUGUUCUCCCCACGACUAUUUCAUACGGUCAAACCAGACGACAACACUACACCGAAUGGGAACUCUAAUCAAUUACUGGUGACUGUUGCCGCCACUGCCGGUCAAGACAAGACCCUCUGCAUAUGGAAUACGAAUACAUCGCGUCCUGUUGUAGUUCUUCAAGAUCUCAGUAGCAAGUCAAUAUCUGAUUUAUCAUGGGCGCCCGAUGGUCAGACACUUUUCGCUUCCAGCUUAGACGGCGGAGUUGUGGUCGUCAAGUUUGAUGAGGGAGAGCUUGGUUGGGUCGCCCAAACCGAAGAAAAUGUGAGGGCUUUGCAGAAAUACGGUGCUUCUCGCAAAGGAAUGGGAAUGCCCGAGGACGUGGACGGCCUGUUAUUGGAGACGCACAGCAAAGCUGGGGAGUCCAGAGCCGUCGAGUCGAGAAUGGGUGCGCUCAUGGGAGACACACCGAAGGAGUCUACUCCAGCUCCAAACGGCACCAAGGCUGGGUUGGAGAAGCAUGCCACCGCCACAAAUACUGGCCCCGAACCUGCAAAAAGCCCCGCGGAGGAAAACGAAGACAAGGCUGCAGAACGUGUCAAGGAGCUGAAGUCACGAGUUACGAUUGGCAAGGACGGUAAGAAACGGGUAGCACCACUUCUUGUUUCGUCCUCUGGAACUGGCCAAUCUUCCUUGCCCCAGACACAGCUAGUCGGCUCAACCGCAACAAAAACUACCCAGAAUGAUACCCCGCAAACGAUUAUAGAUCUCAGCAGGCCGUUCGAUGGACUACCCAAGGGUGGAAUCGCUUCCAUGCUCCUGGGAAACAAGAGAAAAUCCGUCACUGGCGAGGCCGGCGAGGAUGAAGAAGAUCCUGCCGCCAGGAGAGCUGCAGUAGGCCCUACGCCAGUCGUUACCAACGGCAUUGAUGGCGAAGAGCCCGCUGCCCUCACUCUAGUGCAGAAUGGAGUGGUCCCUACGCCUGAGUUCUUGCGACCGGCAGUUCUAAAUCCCUCCAUAUCACUUUCUCAAGUGAGAUUGGCAGUGCCUCGGAUCCGAUCACAUAUUCUGCGCCCGAUGGAUCGAGGGGUACUACAACCGGAUAGCACCACCGAAGAUGCAUCCAAAAUCCCGGAAAGCAUCAUCAUGGAAGCCAAAAACGAUACGAACCCACGGGAGCCAUCGCGCAUCAUGGUGACCAAGAGAGGGAAGUUGCUGUGGCAAGAGUUUCUUCCCAGAGCCGUGAUUCUGGUCACUGCGAAUAAUAACUUUUGGGCGGCAGCUUGUGAGGAUGGAUCUGUCCACGUAUGGACACCCGCCGGUAGGCGUCUGCUGAAUCCUAUAAUACUUGAAUCCCAACCAGUCAUUCUAGAAUGUCGGCAACAGUGGCUUCUGUGCAUAACUGCAGUUGGACUGGCCCAUGUCUGGGACUUGAAAAUGCAAGCUUCACCGCAUCCGCCAGUGUCACUUGGACCGAUCCUGGAUGUGGCCACCACAUCAUUGAACCAGCAUUCCGCAAGUCCUGGCCCCGGUGUCACUUCUGCUCACUUAAACACAAACGGACACAUUGUCGUGACACUUACCAACGGUGAUGGAUUCUACUAUGCUCGGGAAAUGUACACUUGGCAGCGGUUGAGCGAAGCCUGGUGGGCGGUUGGGUCUCAGUACUGGAAUUCGAAUGACUCUUCAAUAUCCGCCUUGCAGUCGACAGCCGUCGGGGCUACCUCGACGGAGAGUGGAGACGAGAACACGACAGCCACCGUAUCUUCUGGUAUUAUACCAUUCCUGGAACGUCAUACGACGAACGAGUUUCUCCUCAAGGGUCGUGCGUAUGCGCUGCAACGCAUGAUUAAGACCGUCAUGCAGCGGAAGGAAAACGAAGAUUUGGAGAGCACCAUCAGCAUAGCUCAUUUGGAAAAUCGCAUUGCUGGUGCAUUGCAACUCGGAGCCAAAGAAGAGUUUCGCUUGUAUCUGUUUAUGUAUGCCAAGCGCUUGGGGGCAGAGGGCACCCGGCCCAAGGUUGAGGAGCUGCUCAAUAGUCUAAUGGGAGGCAUUUUGCGGGAGAAGCAGACGGAAAAGCAGCAAGGGAGGGGAUGGUACGGCAUCGAUGACGAUGUUUGUGGUUGGAAUCGCAAGGAACUGAUCAGGGGGGUUGUUUUGAUUCUUGGAAAGUAUCGCGAGCUGCAACGGCUGACAUCACAGUAUGCGAGGGUGCUUGACCUUGACUUUGACCAUGGCGCCGUGGAGGUUGACAACAUGGAUGUAGAGGCUUAG